AUGCAGUACGCUUUCACCGCAACUCUCCUGGCUUUGGCCAUCGGUGGCCAAGCCGCUCCUCACUGGGCCUUCCCUAAUGGCCCUGAGGGUGGCUGGGGUGCGCCAGGUACCGGUGUCGCGCCAAUUCCUGGAACUGGCGUUGGCUUCGCCACUGCUACCUCUGCCAUAGCCUUCCCAACCAGCACUGGACCCUCCAGCGUCAUCGACAGGGCUGCUGCAGACGACGAUGAGGAUGAAGAGGAGGAGUCGUCCUCUUCGGACGAGGAAGAAGAGAGCUCUGAGGAGGAGGAGUCUUCUUCCAGCGAUGACGAGGAGACUGCAACUGCGACUUCAUCCGCCUCCAGCUCUGAUGAGACUGAGUCCGCCUCUUCCGCCGCUGCCUCAGCUCCCGUUACCUCUGCCGCCAGCGGCUCUGACAGUGGCGCCGCGUCCGGUGGCUCCAUCCCAGCUUCCUCCGGCACCUCUGUCCUCUCUGCCGUCCAGACCAUCGCUGCAGGCGAGACGUUCGACGGAGGCAUGGUCUCCUUCGACCGCGGUGUUGACUGCACUGGCCAAUCCGAGGGUGGUGACAGCGACGCCGUCUUCGAGCUCGAGGCCGGAGCAACCCUGAGCAACGUCAUCAUUGGCCCCAACCAGAUCGAGGGUGUCCACUGCUUCGGUUCGUGCACUCUCACCAACGUCUGGUGGAGCAAGGUCUGCGAGGAUGCCUUCACUAUCAAGGAACAGGCCGCCGGCGAGACUACUACCAUCACUGGCGGCGGUGCCUCCACAGCUGAGGACAAGGUUCUCCAGCACAAUGGGGGUGGAACCCUCUCUGUCUCUGGCUUCACCGUCUCUGACUUCGGCAAGCUGUACCGUUCAUGCGGCAACUGUGACUCGAUGACCGAAAGACACGUAGUCUUCGACGACAUAGAUGCUUCCUCUGGUGACAUCCUUGCCGGCAUCAACUCCAACUACGGCGACACCGCAACCUUCACCAACAUCAAAGCCACCGGCGUCGAGACCAUCUGCCAGGAGUUCGAGGGCAACGACACCGGCGACGAGCCGACCAAGGGCAGCGCCGGUCCCAGCUCGUACUGCAUUUAUUCUGAGUCCGACAUCACCGCUUAA